AAGGCGGAUGCAGAUAAGAGUCGCUCUCACUAUCCACAGGAAUAAGGACGCCGAUCGGUUCUCCGAUAUUUUCCUCUGGUUUUAAUUUUCCUCCCAAUGUACCUACUAUGAUCUCCGUCGUGCUCGCGGGCACCACCCCUCCAAACGUACCCGUCUAUCUCUGAGCUGUCAAUCACAUCACGCCGGGAUUUGUACAUGUGAGUGCAUGGCGCGCCGGGCAGGGCGGAUCUGCUCACGGGGUGAAAAAACGCCGGUUAAUAUGGAUGAAACGUCAGCGAUCGUCUCAUCAUUUCAGUCACUCUGAUUAGCGACACUGUCCUAUAGCGUUGCCCAGACCACAGGGCAGGAAAGAUGAUGUGUGAGGUGAUGCCGACUAUCAGCGAAGGAGACUCGGCUGGUCCUCCGAGAGGCACCGGCGGCGUCCCGAAUGGCUCGGACCAGGAGGCCAACUUCGAACAACUGAUGGUCAACAUGCUGGACGAGAGGGACAAGCUGCUGGAGUCCCUCAGGGAGACUCAGGAGACCCUCAUUCAGUCUCAGACUAAGCUGCAGGGGGCGCUGCACGAGAGGGACGUGCUCCAGCGGCAGAUCAACGCUGCGCUGCCUCAGGAGUUUGCCACCCUUACAAGGAGCUGAACAUAUGCCGGGGAGCAGCUGCUGGAGAAAGAGGAGGAAAUAUCUGAGCUGAAAGCGGAAAGGAACAACACCAGGCUGCUGUUGGAGCACCUGGAGUGCCUGGUGUCUCGUCACGAACGCAGUCUGAGAAUGACAGUGGUAAAAGGACAGGCACCCCCGCCAUCUGGAGUCUCCAGCGAGGUGGAGGUCCUCAAAGCUCUGAAGUCGCUCUUUGAACACCACAAGGCUCUGGAUGAAAAGGUGCGAGAGAGGCUUCGGGUGGCUCUGGAGAGGGUUGCCACCCUGGAGGGACAGCUAGCAGCUACCACACAAGAGUUGAACAUGGUGAGACAGAGGAAGGACGGUGACUCAGUGGAGCGAACAGAUGGAUCCAAACCUACAUGGAAGAGACUGCCCAAUGGCUCUAAGCGCACACGUAUUGACGGCAGCAGGGUGUCUGAGCUUCAGAGCGCUGUGGAUCGGACCAAUAAAGAGCUGCGCUCAAAGCCGCGAGCACAAGUGCCACUCUUAACCGCCCGCAUCGCUGAGCUCGAGGCAGAGCUUGCAAAUGCACGCAGACUGGCCGCAGUGAGGCUGUCAAUCAAACAACAGAGGGAACAGAGAGAGAGAGAGGAUAUGGAGGAGAGGAUAACAACAUUAGAGAAACGCUACCUGGCUGCUCAGCGAGAGACGACACACAUCCACGACCUCAACGAAUUGGAAAACGAACUGGCCACCAAGGACUCCCUGCACCGACAGGCUGAGGAGCGCCAUGGCAAUGUGGAGGAGCGGCUCAGACAGCUGGAGUCACAACUGGAGGAGAAGAACCAGGAGCUCGGAAGGGCUCGUCAGAGGGAGAAAAUGAAUGAGGAGCACAACAAGCGUUUAUCUGACACUGUGGAUCGUCUGCUCACUGAGUCAAAUGAAAGGCUGCAGCUACAUCUGAAAGAACGCAUGGCUGCCCUGGAGGACAAGAAUGCUCUUAUUCAGGACCUCGAGAACUGCCAGAAACAGCUUGAAGAAUUUCACCACACCAGGGAAAGGCUGAUUGGAGAGAUUGAUAAGCUAAGAAAUGAGAUUGACCUGAAACGCCGCAGUGGUGCAUUUGGAGAUGGAACUCAUCCUCGGUCUCACUUGGGUAGCUCCAGCGAUCUUCGCUUCUCUGUGGUGGAGGGCCAAGAUGGCCACUACAGCACAACUGUGAUCAGGCGGGCACAAAAGGGCAGACUUUCAGCAUUGCGAGAUGACCCAAAUAAGGUGUGUGCGGUGUUUGAACAGGACUACCCAUCUCUGCGUGGGAGCGUCAGCCACCUCCUUGGCAGUGACAUCGAAGCAGAGUCAGACCUGGAUGAUGUUAGCUCAACCCUGCUUUCCCCCAGCGGUCAAUCAGAUGCUCAGACUCUCGCCCUCAUGCUGCAGGAGCAGCUUGAUGCUAUCAAUGAAGAGAUAAGGAUGAUUCAGGUAGAGAGGGAGUCAGCAGACCUGCGCUCUGACGAGAUUGAGUCUCGUGUGAACAGCGGCAGCAUGGAUGGACUCAAUGUGACAUUAAGACCGAGGGCCCUGCCCACUUCCGCCACUGCUCAGUCCCUGGCAUCAUCCUCCUCCCCACCCACCAGUGGCCACUCUACGCCUAAACAUCAUGGACGCAAUACCAGCCACCAUCUAGGCAUAAUGACUCUGCCAAGCGACUUGAGAAAAGCACAGAGGAAGAUUCAGUCCCCAGUGGAAGUGGACAAAGCUACUAUCAAGUGUGAGACAUCACCUCCUUUCCCCCGCAGUUUACGGCUGGAAACCAAUUUUGCCCAGUUCACUGGCAGUUUGGAGGAUGGCGAGGUAAAUAAAGGAAUAAAGUCAUCUAUUGGACGAUUAGUUUAGAAAAAAAGGAGAAGGGUCGAAUGGACCAGGACUGGUGGCAGGGAAGGACAGCCUCUACCAGCUUUAUCAGACUUUGAGGAUGGGCUAUUGUUGACCACUAUGACUUUGGGAAAACUGGGCACACAAGCUGAGAGGGACCGAAGGAUGAAGAAAAAACAUGAACUUCUAGAAGAUGGCAAGAAAAAAAGGUGCCAUUUUGCUCAGUGGGAUGGACCUACUGUCGCAUGGCUCGAGCUGUGGGUGGGUAUGCCAGCCUGGUAUGUGGCAGCUUGUCGUGCCAACGUGAAGAGCGGUGCCAUCAUGUCAGCUCUGCAGAACACAGAGAUCCAGCGGAGAUUGGCAUCCAGCAACCCUCUGCACCGACUCAAACUCCGCUUGGCCAUCCAGGAGAUGGUCUCUCUCACCAGCCCCUCUGCGCCGCUCACUUCCAGAACGUCCUCCGGAAAUGUGUGGGUGACUCAUGAAGAGAUGGAGAACCUGGCUUCCUCCACUAAAGCGGAGAAUGAGGAAGGCAGCUGGGCACAGACCUUGGCAUAUGGAGACAUGAAUCAUGAGUGGAUAGGGAAUGAAUGGCUGCCCAGCCUUGGCUUGCCUCAGUACCGCUCCUACUUCAUGGAGUGUCUGGUGGAUGCACGAAUGCUGGACCAUCUGACCAAGAAGGACCUAAGGAGCCACCUCAAAAUGGUGGACAGCUUCCACAGGGCUAGUCUGCAGUAUGGGAUUAUGUGCUUGAAGAGACUCAAUUAUGACAGGAAAGACCUAGAGCGCCGGAGAGAGGACAGCCAACACGACAUGAAAGAUGUUUUGGUGUGGACCAAUGAACAGGUGAUUCACUGGGUGCAGUCCAUUGGUCUAAGGGAGUAUAGCGGCAACUUGCUGGAGAGUGGCGUUCAUGGAGCACUCGUUGCUCUGGAUGAGACUUUCGACUACAGCAGCCUAGCGCUCAUCCUGCAGAUUCCUAUGCAGAACACACAGGCACGACAGGUUCUGGAAAGGGAGUUCAACAAUCUGUUGGCUUUGGGGACUGACCGCAGACUAGAGGAGAGUGGAGAUGACAAGUCUUUUCGACGCUCUCCAUCGUGGCGAAAGAGGUUUCGGGCACGCGAGGGAGGGGCUGGGCUGGGCAUGAUGGCAGGCUCCAUGGAAACGCUGCCUGCCGGCUUCCGCAUGCCCUCCAUGUCCAUGCCACCUUCUAUGAAUUUGGCAGCCAAGAAACAGCUCCAGCCUGAAGGUUUCUCCCCCCCAGCAACCCCGAGACUCGAUCCCUCGGCUGUGCGGACCUAUUCAUGCUAA